ACGCUCGUGUAUAGUGUAUAUUUGCGGGAGCUCAUUAUUCUUACGUAAAGAAAAAAGAUAAUAUAAAUACACAUAUAGUUUUCAAUGAUCUUAAUUUCGUAUUGUAAAUUUGAAAUAAAUGAUACAAGGCUAGCCAGCUGCGCCAUUCUUGUUGUGUGACAUUUGUAUUAUCAGCCACACUACGCAUUUUUUAUAUUAUUUUAUUCUUUCAUUAUUGCUGUAGUGAGCUGUCAGUCACACAUUGCAGGAAUGGACACAUCGGGCUUGCCUGUACCGGAUGCAAUCCACCCGCUACUUGAACAAUUGCAAGAAGCUUUGGUCCUUGAAGUAAAAUAUCAACCUAAUCUUCAAUUGCCUAAUAUAACACAAAAUGAUGAAAUAACAAUUGGAGCUCGUGAUGGAUCUGCUCAUGUUUUAAGAUGUUUGAAAGUAUGGUAUGAUCUACCAUCAGAUGUAUUUUUUGUUGCUAUUAAUUUAAUGGAUCGAUUUUUAACAAAAAUGAAAGCAAGACCAAAACAUAUGGCUUGUAUCAGUGUAUCUGCUUUUCACAUAGCUGCUGUUCAGUUAGCACAGUCAUUGGAUGCUGAUCACUUAGUUUCAAUUUCUCAGUGUAAAUGCACAGGUGGUGAUCUUAAACGUAUGUCAGAAGUAAUACGGAAUAAGUUAGAAUGGGCACCUGGUACUCAACCUAUUACAUCUUUAACUUUUCUUCAAUUAUUCAAUGCAAUGUUCCUUGCAAUUGCAUCACACUUAGGACUAGAUAUGUAUACCAGUAUUGUUACGGAAUCUGAGCUUUUACUUAGGUUAGAAAUGGUUGCGUGUGAUGGUAAUUGUGCAAGUUUGAGACCAUCAGAAGUGGCACUUGUUUUACUCUGCACAUAUUUAGAUAGUGCAGUGAAUCGAUUAGACACUAAUACAGAUAUUCCCAUAUCAACAACUGCUAUACCUAGUUCCUCUACUAUUAAUACAUCUAUAACAUCAAGACAUCAAAUGCUUAGACUUUUGGACUUUGCUAUACAACUUCAAAAAAUAUGUAAGAUUUCAGACACAAGCUUUUUUUCUACACAUGAAGCUGUGGGUGCUGUAUUGAGCAAAUAUAAUGCUCAAGAGCAAACUCCUCACAGACAAAGACUGAUAUGGAGAUUAUCUUCUCGUACAGCACGCCUUUUACGUCCAACUGACAAAUUUACUUCUGUAUUACCUGUUAUUGCCGAACAUACUCCGGUUCCUUCACCGAGUAAAAUUAGAAAAAAUCGUAAGUUCGGUCGACGUCAUGGAAAUAAAAGACGUUAAAUGGCAGUAUCGAGGCCUUAAAGUGCUGGAUCAGAAGAUUAAUAUUUAUUCAACAUACCAAGAAAAAAAUUAGAUUUCAGUUUAAAAUUAAAAAUAAAUUUCAUUAAAAAUUAAAUAGAAAGUACAAAUAUCAAUGUAUUUACGUCGAAUAGCGAAAUUUGUGAUAUCUCUUUUUAUGACAUGCGUUGAAAAACAGCUAAAAAAAUAUUUCAGUGCAGUACCUAAUUCAUACUAAAUUUGGUUUUGAAUGUACUAAAUGUACUGAAACAUAUAUAUAUAUAUUUUUUUUAAUUAUAUUAUACAUUUUAUAAAAUGGACGAGAAUUUCGUUCUCAAAUUUAUCGAUUAUUAAUAUUAUAUCAAAAACAUGAAUGCCGUAAAAAAGAAAUAAAUAACAAUCGAAUGUCGUAUAGUAGUAAGAUAAAUGUGAUACAAUGUCCAUUGUAAUUCGUAUAUUAUGAAUUAUUAUAAAUAUAUACAUACCUUUGCAAAACGUGUUAAAAACACAAAAAAUUAAUUACAUGUGAUUAUAAAUAUAAAGUUAAAAAUUAUUUAAAAAAUAUAUUAUAAAUGAUAAAUAAAACUAUUUAGGAAAAUCAAAAUGUUUAAUAAAUUAUAAUGCUAAAAAUUAUGCAAAGUUUAAAUUACUAUUUGAUGUUUUGUUGUAA